AUCACUCGUGAGACAAGAAGGCACAACAAGCGUUGUCGGACGAGACCUUCGGUCGGUAAAGCCUCUAACCCCCCUACGUGCUUCUCUGCUAUAUAUCUUCUCUCUUCUGUUCCUCGCUUCUGUCCUCUUGACAACCCAUUCCAGUCUGUAAUCAUCGCAACAAAGACAGAUACUAAAAAUUUUGGUUCAAGUUUUUUUAAUUUCUCAUUAUUGGAGAGGCUGAGAUCAUAGAGUUUCUGAGGCAUGGGUGUAUGAGGCCAGUGCCAUGUGAGUUUUAGGUGCGGCGGCAUGGGAAGCCAAACCCCCCUGUUCGACAAUCAUUCUCUAAUUUUCUUUUGAAAUUAAAUGCUGUUUCUGUUCCAUAACUUCUCGUCGUCUAUCUGAUCCACCCCCUUAUAAAAACCAUCAAGUGGAGCUGAUUAGUUUGCUCAUUUUGUGUUCAUCAUCUGUUUGUCAAAAGGUUUCAGUUUCAGUUUCCUUUCCAGGACAAGAAAAGAAGACGACCCUGAAUCGGGAAUUGCAGACAUGGAAUCGACAGACAAGACAUCCAAGCAAUCCUCUGUUAGUCCUCCCCUGUCAAGAGAGACUCGUGGAUCACUCGAAGUAUUCAAUCCCUCCACUUUCUCAACCAGACCCAACAACUCGGCAAGUCGCUCACAGAAGCCCACGUGGCAGAGCUGGAUAGAGGAACGCAACACUCAUGAACCCGACCCGCCAAAUCCCUCCUCGAAUCCUGCUCCGGAGGGAGAAAUCACUACCACCUCAUGGAUGGCACUCAAGGACUCAACCUCACAACCACCACCACCACCACUUAUGCAAACAAUCACCAAAGAACAAGAGAACCAUCAGCAGAACCCGACGUCCAGUACUGAAGUAUCCGGCGAAGCGGGCGUUGCUGCAAAGAGAGCUGCUGAAUGGGGUUUAAUGCUGAAAACGGAUACUGAAACAGGGAAACCACGAGGGGUCAAGGUAAGGAAUUCGGGUGGGGAAGAACCGAAUAACAAACCCGGAACUUCGACUAGGACCUCAAACAACUCACUGCGGAGCUCCGGAGAUUUAUCUGACGACGGAGGGAAUAAUAGAGGGAUUCCGAGGGUAUCUGAGGACGUAAAAGACGCAUUGUCGGCGUUCCAACAAACUUUCGUGGUAUCGGACGCAACAAAACCCGAUUACCCAAUACUGUAUGCCAGUGCCGGGUUCUUUAAGAUGACUGGAUAUACUUCUAAGGAGGUCAUCGGCAGAAACUGUCGUUUCUUACAGGGUUCGGGUACCGACCCGGAGGAUAUGGCGAAGAUUAGGGAGGCGUUGCAGCAAGGUACGAAUUAUUGUGGGAGAUUAUUGAAUUAUAAGAAAGAUGGGACCCCGUUUUGGAAUCUUCUUACCAUUGCACCAAUCAAGGAUGACAAUGGCAAAGUACUCAAAUUUAUCGGAAUGCAAGUGGAGGUGAGCAAACACACGGAGGGGGCCAAGGAUAAGAUGGUUCGUCCCAACGGAUUGCCAGAGUCUUUGAUUCGUUAUGAUGCACGUCAGAAAGAGAUGGCUACUAGCUCAGUAACUGAGCUUGUUCAGGCCGUGAAGAGACCUAGAGCACUCAGUGAAUCAGCAAACCGCCCGUUCAUCAGAAAAUCACAAGGCAAUGCUGAAGAAGAAACGACAGCGGGAGCCACUGGAAGGCGAAAGUCAGAGGUUCUGGUCCCGAAUAGAAGGAACUCACAUGGAGGCACUAGACCCUCUAUGCACCAAAUCAGUGAGGUGCCAGAAAAGAAACCAAAAAAGACAAGCCGUCUAUCUUUCAUGGGGAUGAUGAGGAAGAGUACUCAGUCCAAAGCUGAGGAUACAUUUGAAAAUCAUAUGUAUGUGGAUGACGAUGAUGAUGAAGAUGAUGAGAGUGAUGAUGAUGCAAGGCCACAUAGUGUUGAAGACAAAGUAAGAAAGAAGGAAAUGAGAAAGGGUAUCGAUCUUGCUACCACGCUAGAACGUAUAGAGAAGAACUUUGUCAUCACUGAUCCCAGGCUGCCUGAUAAUCCAAUUAUAUUUGCUUCUGACAGCUUCUUGGAGUUAACCGAAUACAGUCGUGAAGAAAUCUUGGGAAGGAACUGCAGAUUCUUACAAGGACCUGAAACUGAUCCAGCCACUGUGAGGAAGAUAAGGGAUGCCAUUGAUAACCAAAAAGAUGUUACUGUGCAGCUUAUUAACUACACAAAGAGUGGCAAGAAGUUCUGGAAUCUGUUCCAUCUUCAGCCUAUGCGUGACCAGAAGGGUGAGGUGCAAUAUUUUAUUGGAGUCCAACUAGAUGGCAGUGCACAUAUUGAGCCACUUAACAAUUGUAUAGCUGAGGCCAAUGCAAAAGAGGGUGAAGAACUGGUGAAACAAACAGCAGAAAACGUUGAUGAUGCAGUGAGAGAACUUCCGGAUGCCAAUUUGAAACCAGAAGAUUUAUGGAAAAACCACUCAAAAAUGGUUUACCCAAAACCUCAUAGGAGGGAUAGCCCCUCUUGGAAAGCUAUUCAAAAGAUUCUAGAUGGUGGCGAGCAGAUAGAUCUGAAACAUUUUAGGCCAGUUAAACCAUUGGGAUCUGGUGAUACCGGCAGUGUUCAUUUAGUGGAACUAAGUGGAACAGGACAUCAUUUUGCCAUGAAAGCCAUGGAUAAGGGUGUCAUGCUAAACCGUAACAAGGUGCAUAGAGCUUGUGCUGAGAGAGAAAUACUUGACAUGCUGGAUCAUCCUUUUCUUCCUGCAUUGUAUGCUUCCUUUCAGACCAAGACACAUAUUUGUCUGAUCACUGAUUACUACCCUGGUGGAGAACUGUUCAUGCUUUUGGACAGGCAACCUAGGAAGGUCCUGAAGGAAGAUGCUGUCAGGUUUUAUGCUGCCGAAGUAGUUGUUGCGUUGGAGUACCUUCACUGCCAAGGGAUAAUUUACAGGGACUUGAAGCCUGAAAAUGUUUUACUCCAAAGCGAUGGGCAUGUGUCAUUGACUGAUUUUGAUCUUUCAUGCUUGACAUCGUGCAGACCUGAGAUUUUGAUUCCAACUACAAACGAAAAGAAAAAACACCAGAAACAUCAACCAAAGCCGGUUUUCAUUGCUGAACCCAUGAGAGCAUCAAAUUCUUUUGUUGGGACUGAAGAGUACAUUGCUCCAGAGAUAAUAACUGGGCAGGGUCAUACCAGUGCAGUGGACUGGUGGGCUCUAGGCAUCCUGCUAUAUGAAAUGUUUUAUGGAUAUACACCUUUCAGAGGGAAGACAAGGCAAAAGACAUUUGCCAAUGUUCUUCACAAAGAUCUCAAAUUUCAUGGAAGUAUACCGGUUAGUCUCCAAGCAAAGCAACUGAUGUAUCGGCUGUUGCACAGAGAUCCCAAAAACAGAUUGGGUUCACAAGAAGGAGCUAAUGAGAUUAAGAGACAUCCAUUCUUCAAGGGUGUCAACUGGGCUCUGGUCCGCUGCAUGGAUCCUCCUAAGCUGGACGCUCCUCUAUUCGAGACAAAAGAUGAAAAGAAUGCUAUGCAUGUGGAUCCCGGACUGCUUGAUUUGCAGAUCAAUGUUUUCUGAGAGGUCUUAAUCUACUCAGUUAAGGAAAUAUGUUUGCUUCGGAUGAAGCUGUGUUUGCAGCAUAGAGUGCAUUUGUUGCACGACAACCAGGAAGCUCAAUGAAAGACUCCACGAAGCCGGAAUGAUUCCCGUUGAUUUGUUCUUCUUUUUCUGUUGGUGUGUGUGUGAUUCACUGCUGGCAUUCUCAUUGACGGCAAAGCCCACAAGCUGCUUUAUCAGAUGUCCUCUGAAGGGAACAGCCCAGAGUCUGGUUUAAGAAGGAAUUUGUGGUGAUCCUUUAUUUGAAUGGUCUUCUUUGUAAAUUUGUGGAAUGUUGUAAUGUACUGUAUAAGCUUUGUUCCUCCAAAAAACUUUCAUUAGUUUGGCAAACUCAACAAUGUUUUGCAUAUUUACUGUUAGUUCUCGACUUUCCCAGCUAUGCGUAAUUGGGAAAAACGACUUUUCAGUGUUCCA